AUGGCUUCGAGACCUACCGUCACCAUCAUCGGCAAGGAUGGCAAGUCCUCCGGCAACACCCACACCCUGCCGGCUGUCUUCCUGAGCCCUAUCCGUCCCGAUAUCGUCCAGGAGGUUCACAAGGGCCUGGCCAAGAACAAGCGCCAGCCCUACUCCGUCAGCGAGAAGGCCGGUCACCAGACCUCUGCCGAGUCUUGGGGAACUGGUCGCGCUGUUGCCCGUAUCCCCCGUGUCUCCGGUGGUGGUACUCACCGUGCCGGUCAGGCCGCCUUCGGUAACAUGUGCCGUUCUGGCCGCAUGUUCGCCCCUACCAAGACCUGGCGCAAGUGGCACGUCAAGGUCUCCCAGGGCCAGAGACGUUACGCUACCGUUUCCGCUAUCGCCGCCUCCGGCGUUGCCCCCCUCCUCCAGGCCCGCGGUCACCAGGUCUCCAACGUCCCCGAGGUCCCCCUGGUCGUCGACUCUGCUCUCUUCGAGAACGCCGCUGUCGCUCGCACCGCCGCCGCUGUCUCUCUCCUGAAGACCGUCGGUGCCUCCGACGACGUCGAGAAGGUCAAGAAGUCCAAGAAGCUCCGCGCCGGUAAGGGUAAGCUUCGUGGCCGCCGCCACCGCCAGCGCCGCGGCCCCUUGGUCAUCUACGACCCCGAGGUCGACGGCAAGGAGCUCGUCACCGCGUUCCGCAACGUCCCCGGUGUCGAGACCUCCUCCGUCACCGCCCUCAACCUCCUCCAGCUCGCCCCCGGUGGCCACCUCGGUCGCUUCGUCAUCUGGACCUCUGCCGCCUUCAAGUCCCUGGACACCAUCUACGGCACCACCACCCAGCCCUCCGCCCUCAAGAAGGACUUCCUUCUUCCCUCCAACAUCGUCUCCCAGAGCGACCUGACCCGUCUGAUCAACAGCUCGGAAACCCAGUCCGCCCUCAACGAGCCCAAGGGUUACGCCGUCACCCGCCGCUCCGCGGUCCAGAAGAAGAACCCCCUCAAGAACAAGCAGGUCAUGCUCCGCCUGAACCCCUACGCCUCGGUAUUCGCCAAGGAGGCUGCCCAGAAGAAAUAA